AUGUAUACCGUAGCCUUACUGGCAGCAAUGAUAUUCCUAGGAAUGCCAGCGCACGCCAAACUCCCACUGGCAAAGUACAACAACGAAGCAAACAAGGAAAUAGAAAACCGCGCAGUCAUCGAAAUGGCCACAGCAACUAUACUACCCGACAGCCCGUCAGGAGUAGUGACAUUCGGACCAAUGGUAGUAUUGUCCGUAGCCACAACAGUCAGCCUAGAUCCAGUGGCAAGCGCACUCUGCUCAGCCUGUCCAUCCAAGACAGUGACCGUGACCGUCUGCCCUACCCUUCCGCCCGCUUGUCCCAAGGUCGAAGCUUGUCCCAAGAUCGAAGCUUAUCCUAGUACGCCUUCAUCUUUUUCUUCGGCUAGACCGUUCAGCUCAGCUACUUCGUCUAGUUCGGCUCGGUCUAGCUCUGCCACACCUUCCAGCUCUGCUAGGCUUAGUUCUACGCCGCUUAGUCGCGCUACGAGCUCGGCCGUGCCUUCUAGUAGCUCUGCUAAGGCGUCGCUUUCUCCGGGUAUGCUUUGA